CAAGGGAUGCUGGGAUUCAAGCUAUUAACAUACAGCAGGUUAAUCUACAGAACUCCAGGCUCCACAAGGCUCUGGUUACACACUGCUUUGGUUUAGGGUUUAGGGGUACUAAUUAAAAUAGUGUCAACAGUUUCGAGUUUGUGAUGGGAAUAGUUUGGGAUGUUGAGUUUUUAGACCAAGGAAAUACCAUCUUUUUCUCCUAAAAUAUAAGCAAAAGAUUUAUUGAACUUUACCAUACAUCAAUAUCUGUGGUAUCAGACAAUAAAGGAUACAGACGGGACACUAUCAGAGCUGGAAUUCACCAUGGAAAUGGAGCAGAAUUUUAUCAACAUGGAAACAAUUCGUACAUGUAAGAUAAAAGAGAAACCUGAAGAAGUAAUAUAUGAUGAAAAACAACCUUCGAUUUUGUAAGAUUCAAUUAUCAUGAUGAAGAUGUCUUUAUGUUUGAUAAGACACAAAGUUACUGUGCAGGCUGUUUUCUUGGCUGUGACUGUAGUUGUGACAGUGGCCAGGUAUAAUGACAGUGUGGUCCAGCAGAGCUUUGAGAGUGUGGGCAUGUUCUCACAGAAAUAUGGCAGCCGCCCUGUGGACCUGGUUUUUGUACUGGACAGGUCAGCCAGUAUUCCACCUGCAGGCUGGCAGUCCAUCAUGGCUUUUGUCUACUCCGUCCUGGAACACUUCACCAUAGAUGCCCAAAACACCCGCGUGGCGGUGAUCACAUACUCUACGCGUGCCAGCGUGGACAUCAACGAUUUGUUGAAUGAGCGUGAGAACAAAUGUUCACUGAUGCAACGACUGAGACAAAGCGUCGAAAGUAAAGUCCCUGCUGGUUAUACUGCCACGCAUUCCGCACUCAAAACAGCCUACGAUUUGCUGCUGAACUCACGGCGAGGAGCGAAGAAAGCUGUAAUCGUGCUGACAGAUGGACGGUCAAACAUUGGGUCACCCCCUGUGUCGGCCUCUGUUGACAUACGGUCUCUAAAAUGGUCACCAGAUUGGGAUGAGGAAGCAAAUGGUCCUCAGGUUGAAAUUUUUGCAUUUGGAGUUCACGAUGCUUACUGGUCAGAGUUGCAGUCAUUAUCAGGCCAACUGGCCAAUCACACAUACUUUCUGCCAGAGUUCAGUGAAUACAGGGACCUGGCUCAGUUGUUGCACAAGGGCGGACAGGUGGAAACAUGGGAGAUAACUGGAAGAGCCCAUAGCUGUUCUGCCAACUGUUCUCCCCACUCAGUUUGUAUGUGUUCUACUGGGUCAGGCCAAUACAUGUGUGUCUGUAAGCAAGGCUACCAAGGCAAUGGCCAUGUCUGUGAAGCCUGUCCAGUGGGACAGUACAAGGCUAGCCUGCGGCCGGGACUGUGUGACAGCUGUCCUGGGAACCUGACCACACUGACCGUUGGGUCCGUGUCCUCUGACCAGUGUGGCUGUAAACCCCCAUACUCACAGGUAGAUGACCAGAGCUACCAGUGUCACAAGCUGUCGUGUUCAGAGUUACCUUCCAUCUCCAACGGCCAUGGUUUCCAUGUGUGGGGAAUGUCAAGAUCAGAGAUCCCGGACACUGGUGUGGCAUGUGAGAACACAGCCGGAGACUCCUGUCACUUUAUAUGUGAUACUGGGUACAGGCUUAAUGGAUUACCAGCCCUUGUCUGCGACCUCAAUGGCACCUGGAUGGGAGAAAUCCCAGAAUGCAAAGUGGUGGACUGUGGGCGGCUUCAGGACCAUGGAGAAGCAGAGCCGCACGCCAUCGUCAACUACCUGAAUCGUACGACCACCUAUGGCUCCGUUGUGACGGUGUCAUGUGAGGAGGGCUGGCAGCUAUUCGGGAGUGAGCGGAGAAUCUGUAAUUUUAACGGCCAAUGGUCGGGUGCUCUAAUGAAGUGUGUGGAGGCCCGGUGUCCAGUGCUGCCCUCUAUACCAGGAGGGGAAGUAAUCCCAUUGCUGUGCUCACAGGAGCGUCCAUCACCUGGCACUGUAUGUAUGUUCUCCUGCAGAGAAGGCUUUGACUUGAUUGGUCCAGAGGUGAAAACCUGUGGAAACCAUGGCCACUGGGAUAACAAUACUUUAACAGCUUGCAAAGACACAGCAUCUCCAGAGAUCACCUGCCCAGAAGACAUUCUCGUACCGGCUACAGCGGGUAACUUCGCUAUUGUGUACUGGGACCACGAACAGCCUCACGUCUCAGACAAUUCUGGUCACUUUGUGGUGGCCAAAGUGGGACCGUUCAUGGACAGCCCAGCCAAUGUCCAGAUUGGGGUCCACCAGAUCAAGUACCUUGCCACUGACAACUCUGGCAAUACCGCCUUCUGUCUGAGGACCGUGCAGGUUGUGGAGCGGACUGUACGGAUCAGUGGGUGUCCAGACAACAUUACUCUGACAAACAUCCAGGGUUUAGGUCAACGAAUAGAGUGGACUGACCCGCAGUUCUUUGACCAUCAUGACCAGUUACUAGAGCAUCACUGUAGCCGAUCUUCCGGAUCUUUCUUCGGCAUUGGCACCCAUCAUGUAACUUGCUACCCUCUGGAUAGAUAUGACCAGGCCUGCCGCUUCACUGUUAAUCUCGAACGAACUGAAUGUGAGCGCCCUCCCCCUCCUCUCAAUGGGGCAUACUCGUGUUCCUCCACCCCAACGUUCCUCUGGGUCUGCAGCGUCCACUGUGAUGAGAAUUACUCCUUUUAUCGGCCACCGCUGACUUUCUACCACUGUAACCUGAACGGCCAAUGGAAUGAUCAGAGACUGUGGCCUCACUGCUCACGUCGUCGUUUUGCAUCCAGGGCUGUGGUGACAGGUCAGGCUGAGUACUGGUUCUACGAGGGCAGGUGUGAGGAGGUUAAAGAACGCAUUACGGAACUGUUCAAGAAUAAAGUAGAGCAUUACGCCGUAGAGUUUUGCCUCCAAUCCCAUUGUGAAGUGACAGAGGUUGACAUUCAGUGUGGGCACACAUUUGGGCAACGAAUCAAACGAGACGUUGAUAAUACAACAACAGGUCCUUCCGUAGCAACGGCUUCGUUGCUAUAUGUUACCGAAAGUGAAAGUAUUCGCCAGGAUAAGUCGCCAGUAGAAGCAUCGCAAAAUGGAUCAAGGGAGACAACCAGUGCUGCAAUAGCUGAUCAGGCUGUGACAGGAGUUAGUUCCCCUGCUCCGCCUCAUUUCUCCAUGUCAGAUAUACCAGAAACUAUGUUAAUAAGAUUCAAUAUAGAAGGCAGGUUAUCGGAAGAAGAAAAUGUUACCGAAGACCAGCAGUUUAACUUAAUAUAUAAUUUGCAAGAUCUUUCUCACAUGAUUUCUAAUGAAUUUCAUUUGAACAAUUCAGCAUUGGAUUUAACUGCGCAGAAUAACACCCUUGCUAGUCAGAUUGGCAUGAUGCUUAGUGAUCCGGUGUUCACUCUGAACUGCGAGCCAGGACAAGUGACUAAAGUAGACAUGUACAGUGCAGAAUGUGUCAACUGCCCGGUGGGGACAUAUCUGAGUGGCAAUCAGACCGGGAAGUGUGUUCCCUGCCCUGUGGGACAGUACCAGGACAGAGAGCAGCAGCUAGAGUGUAGGCCAUGUCCAGAGGGACUGACCACUGCAGCAAAUGGCACUGCUAACUCAGCACAAUGCAGAGAGCCUUGCCCAAAGGGUAGCAGCUCCCCAACUGGCCUUGAGCCAUGUGACCUCUGUGAUGUGGGUCAUUUUCAAGAUGAGCGUGGUCAGUCAGUGUGUCAGCUGUGUCCUGAUGAUCAGAAGACUGUGGGGGAGGGGGCGGACAGUGUUAGUAGUUGUAAAGCCGUGUGUCCUGCUGGAAGUUAUAAUGGAACCUCUGGCCUUGAACCUUGUGACCUUUGCCCUCAGCAUAUGUACCAGCCAGCCAGUGGGAGUUUAGGAUGUCUGUCCUGCCCAGAGAACACUGGUACCUUGUCCCCUGGAACUACUGAUGUGACAAUGUGUAACCGGAUUGACUACUGCUCUAACCUGGCGACCUCUCCCUGUGAGAACGGAGGUGAAUGUGAGAGCAGGGAAGCCGGUUUUACCUGUAACUGUGCCCCAGGGUAUACAGGACAACUGUGUGGGAUAGAUAUCAAUGAGUGUGCCUCCUCACCCUGUUAUAACAAUGCCACUUGUGAGGAGGAACAUCCUCCUAAAAAUAUGAGAAAGAAAACUUCUGUCAAAAUCCCAAUGCAAACUUUAGAAAGGGCCCUUUUGUGGAGGUUUGGUCAGGUUAUGCUCAACAAUCGUAUGUUUAAUGUUUGCCCUAAAGUUGAUAGCCCUUUGCCAUCUUUUCUUUCAGAUGUUAUGCAUAGUUUAUCAAAAUUAUCUCCCCUUAUUGGUCCCUUUGAUACAUGUUUAUACUUGAUGAGAUCGUAUCCUUGUACAUUUACUCUAUCCCCAGGGUCUUUCUGUGAACAUGAGGUGGAUGAGUGCAGUUCUAACCCCUGUCAGCAUGGGGGGUCCUGUGAGGACUUGCUGGCAGGAUUUAACUGUUACUGUGCUCUGGGCUGGACAGGACCCCUCUGUGAGACAGACAUUGAUGAAUGUCAGUCUAAUCCCUGCUCUCACGGCACCUGUGAAAAUCAGGAGAAUGGUUUCGUUUGUCACUGUCCACCUGGAUACGUGGGUGUAUACUGUGAGACAGCCUGGAGUGUGUGUACCUCAGAACCAUGUCAAAAUGAUGGUGUAUGUCAGGUGUGGCCACAGGGAAGAUUUACUUGCCUCUGUGAGCCAGGAUUUCUGGGCAAGCUGUGUGACAUAGAAAUUGACGAGUGUAACAGUCAGCCUUGUCUCCAUGGAGCCACCUGCUUUGACAGGGUGAAUGGAUACAGGUGUCAGUGUCCAGCUGGUUACAAGGGAGAUAACUGCCAGACUGUGGUUUCCCCUGACUUUGACCUUGUAUUCAGCGACUCUGACCCCCUACAACAUGUCACCUUACACCAAGGACUAACAGGAUUCCCCGAACUGCAUCAGUUUACCAUUAGCUUCUGGCUCAGAACAACUGAUGCCAGGAACUUUGGCACCAUCUUGUCAUAUAUGGCUUACACUCAAGAGGAGGGAUCCCAGUUGGUGACAGAAGAGGAGGGCCAUGAUAAGGUGCCUGGUGUUGUGUCGACCCUCAGACUGCUGGAUUAUGGCAGGCUUAAGUUGGAAGUGAAUGGAGCACAGGCAGACACUGGGAUCAGACUGACCACAGGGAUGUGGACAUUGGUCAGUGUUAACUGGGAGAACACUGCUGGACAGUGGUCACUCCACCUGAAUCAUUCAUUGGUUGUUUCAGACAGAGGCUUAGCAACUGGUACGGUUAUUGCAGGGGAAGGUUAUCUCGUCAUAGGGCAAAACCAGGAAACUAUUGGUGGAGCUUUCAAUCAAAGGGAAGCUUUCAUUGGUGAAUUGAGCCAGAUGAAUAUUUAUGACUUUGUACUGGACAGUGACCUGAGUGAAGCAACAGCCAAUCAAGAACAUUGUACCUCUGAGUCUUAUGGAAAUGUUCUUGGAUGGACACACUUUUUGAAUGGAGUAUCCAGUCAUGUUACAAUUAGGAAUCAUUCUGCCUGCCUUGAUGUUAAUGAGUGUUUGUUUCCUGAGACCUUCCCCUGUGGCCCACGAAGACAGUGCCAGGAUUUCAUUGGUGGAUACAACUGUGAGCAGUGUAUCUAUGGUUACCAUGGGUCAGAUUGUGAUCAAACAAUCAAUGAGUGCAUACCAUCCCCAUGUUUGCAUGGAGCCUCUUGUGUAGAUGGACCUGAUAUCUAUGACUUUAUAUGUACCUGCACUAAUGGAUUCACAGGAGCUUUAUGUGGACAAACGGUUGACUCUUGUAAGUCUCAACCUUGCUUGAACAAUGGUACUUGCCAUCCUAAUGGUAGCAGUUAUUGGUGUGAGUGUGUGGGAGAGACCAGCGGCUCCAGAUGUGAGGAUGUGACGGGGCCCUGUGAGGGCAGGCCAUGUAUGAACGGGGGUCUGUGUUUGUGGGAGGGGGGCCAGGCUAUGUGCGUGUGCCCCAAAGGGUUUAGUGGGGACUGGUGUGAGCUGGAGACAACUGCCUGCUCUCCAUCUCUGUGUCACAAUGGGGGCACCUGCCUGGUGAGGGAGGAAGGACAUGUCUGUAGCUGCCCGCCACACUACACAGGCCAGUCCUGUGACGUGCAGUACUCCCCCAGCUGCGAGCUGUCCCCCUGCCUUAACAAUGGCACCUGUGUCCCUUCCAUGAACAGCAUCCGUGGGUUCAUGUGUGUGUGCUCCAAGGACAAUCCACAUGUCACUUGGGACGCCUUUUGUGACUUUAGCAACCCAUGCCAGUCCAAUCCCUGUGGCAGGUCUGGCGUCUGCGUUCACUUCGCUAACAACAGCUUCCAGUGCUCCUGUUCCCCCAAAUUUACCGGAAGGCUAUGUGAUGUCAGGGUAAUCGGUAAUACCACACCCCAAGGUGGGAACAUGACAUCUGACCCCAGACUUACCACAUCAGGAUCAGGCAUCUGUGCUGAGGUCACCUGUUAUAAUGGAGGCAGUUGUUUUGAGCUGAAUGCCGGGUUUGUGUGUCAGUGUACGGAGGGCUACAAGGGCAAAUACUGCACGGAGGAGAGAGAAAAAGAAUUCCAUGUGUAUGUGGUCACUGUCAGGGUCCUUACUGAUUCACCAGACCAGUACACCAGCAAUAGGAAAAGCUUUGAGAAGAGCUUUGUCAAAGAGGUAUUGUCUCUGUUCACCCAUAAACCGGUGGAAGGGAGACUAGAUGCCCGCCUGUUGGACCUCAGAACGGCAGAGAGAGGAUUGGAUAUAGACUUUGAGCUGGUCACUGAGUGGUACAAAGACAGCCCGGCCACUCCCAACCUCCUCACAACGGACAAGAUACUGAGCAGUUUGAAGAACACAGUGACACAGGGAAACUUAGGAGCUUAUGUUUUGUCUAGAGAAAAGUUUCACUUUGAGGAGGUGUUCAGUAAGGCUAAGCAAUCACUGACAAUCUACCUGUCCACUGGUGUGGCAGCUGGUGUGGUUGUGGCCUUGACCUUGCUCAUCUGGCUAGGCUGUAAGAUAAGGAGGAACAGGAGAAUUCCACCAAGACCCCCACCUGCAUUUUCUACGGAUUCCUACCCUUACAACCCUUGUUAUCGCCCCUCUAUUCUGAACAACACCCACGAGAUGGUCAUCUUGAAUCCAAUAGGUAACCCUGCCUAUCAGAGUGAGUCAGACGUGAGAGCCCCUAACCAGUCACGCCCUUGCAUCGGUGAUGAAAACCCUUAUGCAGAGCUGGUGGAUGUACCCCUGCCUUAUGCCGUCACCAGCAAAGCUGAGCUGAAGGAGGCAUUCAUGUUGAGAAGGUAUUCAUCCAAGAGAAGUAAGGAAUCUAAUAUAGAGCUGGCUGCAGCCAGGAAGGCUUCUCAGGAUCAGACAAGCAAAAAGGGGGAUAACUCCAAGGCUUGUGCAGUCGAAGAUGAUUAUUUGAAACCUGUGACCUUACCCAGGAAUGAGUUCUCGAAGGACUCCAAACCUCGACCGAUAAACCAGCUGGGAGAGAGAGGGGACUAUCUUCACCCACAGAGCUUGGGAGAAGGGGCAUCCACCUUACCUGUACGCCUGUUCCCACGUGCCAACCAGCAGGAUGAGCGCCCACCAGACUACCUGGAGGUUUGCCCACCACUCCCGGACGAUGUCCCACCCAGCUCAAGGUUGCCAAGGGAGCAUGAAGAAGACAGGGAAGCAGCCCCUGCCCUGAUUCCUAGAAGCCCAAGAAUAAGGGGCAGACAGUUACCUCCCUUGCCCCCUAUCCCAGUGGAUGAUGAGAUUUGAAAACUGAAAGAAAUGACUUGAUAUGUAUGUUUUAGUACUGCCAUCAGUGUAUUAUAGGAGAUGGUCAAAAUGCUUCAG